AUGCCUCCUCGAACAUCCGUUCUGUCGCGCUUGAGCGCACCUUCUCUAUGUUUUCGCCCGGCCCCAAGUCCAUCAAAGUGCUCUUUCUCCACCACAUGCAUAGCCAAUGCGACCACAUUCGCCCAGCGAAGAGCGCAUAAAGACCCUUAUGCAUUAGCACAAUCAAGACAGAGAAAGGAGUCGAAUUUGGAAAGGCAGGCAGUGCUUAAGAAGGAACGGGCAACAUCCUUAGGAGAUCCAGUACGGGGCGUGUUGACACCAUAUCUACAAUCUAUGGAUACCGUUGGAGGAUCCACGCUUAUAUUAGAUACGACUACAACUGAUGGUUCUAAAAAAGGAGCGAAGAAAGGGGCGAAAACAGAUGCUGCAACAGAUGCUGCCAAGGAUAUCUUUUUGAACCACUAUUUGACCCCGACCACACUUCAAGCUGGCAUCGAACAUUCACACUACCUGACGACACCUCUGUUAGCCGAGAAUCGAGAUUUAGCAGACAUUUACGCCGAGGAUCAGGCAAAGAAGCGGCACGAGGAAGCUCACGCAAAUGCGGCCGCAGCAAUGGCUCGCAUUGUAAGCUUAGAAAUCGCAAGUUCGAAGGAUAAGACCAGGGCGAACAUCGUAAGAUGUAUAGAUACAUUCGGACGCCACAAUACGGAUGGAGUUUUGAGGCCUAGGGCACCCACGCACGAUGCUAUUGAAGGUGCGGAUAGGCCAGAGAAGACACCCAGAGCUGGACCAGACACAGGCAGUUCUGAAGUUCAAAUUGCGAUUUUGACUACCAAAAUUAGGGUGCUUGCGAAUGAGUUGGAUUCGGGGCGCGGGAACAAGGAUAAGGUCAACAAACGAAAUCUGAGAUUGUUGGUUCACAGAAGGCAGAAGUUGCUAAAUUAUUUGAGGAAAAAGGAGCGUGGAAGUGAUAGGUGGGAGAAUCUGACUUCAACCUUGGGCUUGACGGAGGGUACAUGGGCAGGAGAGAUCAGUCUGUAA